GCAGCCCCGCCUCACGGCCCGGCCGCCUCCGCCGCCAUGCCGGGAGGCCCGGCCGGCCCGCGGGGCCUCUACCGCCGGCUGCUGCGGCUGCACCGGGCGCUGCCGCCCGCCCUGCGGGAGCUGGGCGACCGCUACGUGAGGGAGGAGUUCAGGAAGCACAAGGCUGCGGGGCCCGCCGAGGCCCAGCGCUUCCUGCGGGAAUGGGAGAACUAUGCAGCACUGAUACGGCAACAAAUUAAUGAGGACAAACAAAAUUCAAGAGAAAAGACUGUAUUUGGAAUCCAGCUCACAGAAGAAAAACUUAAUGACUUCCGUGAUGAGCAGAUUGGGCAGCUGAAGGAACUGAUGGACGAGGCUACCAAACCUCAUAAAAAAAUCACAGUUUCUAAAGACUCAGAACACAAAAGCUAAAAAGGUUUUAAAGAUUCUUUUAAUGCAUACGGAAGCAUUUUGAAACUUCCUUUUCCAGCUGGGCUAGAAUGUGAUUUUUUGUGGAAUGAUGGAUGCUGCCGUUGCCAUAACUUGUCUAAAGCUGAUGUCUCUGGCUUUUUAUGCAAGAAUGACUGCUAAAAUGGAAUCAUAACAAUUUUAUGUUAAUUGCAGGUUUUUUUCCUCCUAAUGGAAGGUGGAGACUUAAAGAAUUUGGUAACAUUAAACUGACAUUUUAAAAACUAGGAAGUUUUAUUUUUAGUCUAAGCACCCAUAGGGCAAAACUUCUUUCCAUUUGUACAUCAUCCUCUGCCAUGAUGGAAAAGAUGCAAUUAACAUUUGUUUUCUGAUGUGAAUUCAGUAGGCAAUGAACAAAAGUGUGGUGCUAAAGUGUAUUUAUUUCAACAGAAAGAAACGAGCAGUAUUAGAAACACAUACUGUUGUUGAAAUUGAAAGUUGGUUUUCUUCUUGAGCUGUAUUGUGAAAUCUGCUUUAAAAUAAAAGAUAUGAUUUGUUA